AUAAGACGAGUGAAGCAAUGCAGAUCUGACGCUGCUCGCCUCGCUAGCUAUUCCUGGCUUAUUAGCCUAUACUGGUUGUUAUUGAUCAUAUUCACGGCUCCCUGACGGAAGAAAUAUUCCUAAAAUUCCAAUCUGUUACAAGCAAGUGGUGCCAGUCACGACAAUGUACAUGAUGCACUAUUAGCUGCAGAAAGAUUGUGACGUCACAGUGUAGUGUCUGCUUCCGGUCAGAAUUCAUCAACAGAUCAAAUAUGGCGGAAGAAGACAUCUCCGAAAUAAGUGAGGAAAAUUUUAACGAAAAAAUAACAUUUGGUCUUAAUUUGGUGGAAGCAGCACUCAAAGAAUUGGAUUUUAUUCAUCUUAUUGAAAACGAUAGUAAAUUCUUUGACAAAAAGUUCAUCCAGUCUGCACUACAUCGAUACGAAACUUACUGGCUCCCUCUAGCGGCAGGAAAUGAAGACAAAGUUCUGCCAGCCCCAUUAGAUAUCGAAUGGGUAUGGCACUGUCAUUUGUUGUCUCCCCUCAAUUACGAAGAGGCAUGUCAGGAAAUGUUUGGUCAUACAGUCGAUCACAAGGUUUUUUCUACUGCAGAGAGGGAUAAAGAAAUAAUUGUUUCCAAGAAUCUUUGGAACGAAAAGUAUCCGGAUGUUCCGUUUGAUUUGGAAAAUAUUCCGGAAGUUAUUCCAGAAUUUGAAAGUAAAAUUUCAUACGACAUCAUGGCGGCUGCUCAGCGCCAGCGUGUCUUUAAUUAUCAAGUGUCCUUACCACAUUUCAAGGACAGGAAAUACCUACAACAGGCAGUAGAUCGAUAUCAGAAAAUGCUUUAUUUGAAAUUGAAAAAUCCAGGGGUAUUUCUGGUUCCAUGUUACGAUAUGGAUAUUGUUUGGCAUGCGCAUCAACUACAUCCGUUAUGUUACAAACAAGAUACAGAGAAUGUUCUGGGUAAGCUUUUUAACCAUGACGACUCUGUGAUUGAUAGAUCUCCUGGGUCAAAGUUGAACAAGGCAGAUGAGAAAACAAGAGAGCUUUGGAAAGAAAUCUUCAAAGAAAAUUUUUCAAAGGCGGGGGCUAUGUUCCGCGGGGACCCACCCUAUGACGCUUUAAAUCCGCCUAACACAGAGGAAGUUCGGAAGUUCUCAACCAAGACUGCAAAUAUUCAACUGGAUUGCGUAGAAAUUGAAGGACUUCCAGAAGAGUUGAGAAAAUUCAAAAUCAAGAUACAAUUUUUGGCAAACGAUAAAGAAGGGCCUCAAAUUGGUGCUCUUAAGGGACCAAACAGGAAAUGGGACAAGAAGAAAAAAAUAAAUUUUACAUUUGACACAAAAUUGUAUAACACGAUUAAAUUCACACUUCUUCAAAUUCACAAACCCCUCUGUGUGUCUACUUAUGAACAAUUAGGACAGUGUGUUUUGCAGAUGCUUAGCUACGUUGAGAAUGCAUCUGCUGAAAACGAUACGGAGAUUUCUGAAACACUGACUAUAGAUGAGGAACAAAACAUUCGUAUCCAGCUCAAGGCUUCAGUAAAAUUGAUUCCGAAAACAGGACCAUGUCUCCUUUUCCUGAAAAACGGAAAUUACGACAACAGAAUAUGUAUCAUGCCUGAACAUGUGAAACAAAUGUGGGGACCAAUUCCGUUACCCAGGUUACCAACUGGAAAGGACAACCAGUGCAUCGUUGCAACACACAAGUUUGUGAAUCAUAAUGGUGAUUUGACCUUUACUUGUCGAGUAAUCCACAGCCUUCCUCUUUUGAUGUCAGCCAUUCAGGUGUUUUAUCACGACAGAAUGGCGGCUGUAGCUCACGUGAUCAGCACAGAUCAAUUACCUUUGUCAUCUGAAGUGGCUGAGCCAAGAAGCUUUCCAACCAUCGUUCCCCUCUCUGGACAGCGGUCUCUUCUGAUCAAGAAUAAGGAGGGGGAUUGGGGGAUACUGACGGGACAAUGGACGGGAUUCAGGAGGGGCAAGUCAGGUGUGCCAGGCGGAAAACACCGGAAGGGAAGAAAGGGCGUUCCUGGCAGUCCAGGAACAUUAAGUAUUCGGUUCUUCAAGUGCACACGUAAUAGUUGGAGUGAAUUGGCCCUACCUUAUCUGGAAAACGUGUUCAAAUUUCACCUUCACGAGACUGAUGUUGACUUACAACAUGGCGUCAUUCAGAUAGCAUCUGAGAAGAAUGAGAUAGCAGAAAAUCUAGCGUUAGCAUUUGGUGUGGCUUUGUUGCACGUACUAUGUCAGCCAAGACCUCUGACACCGGAAGGAGAAGGUGCGACUGCAAUAUCCGGGACACCUAUUAGAGGCACGAAGGAAAUAAAACAUUUGCCAUCGGAAGACCUCGGACUUGUCGUUGCAGCAGGAUACGUAGAAAAAACACCUAAUAAUCAGUAUAUAUAUAGAAAACAUGGAGCAGAAGGAGCUUCUGGAUCUAAAACCGACCAAAAUGGCGUGGGAUACAUGUAUGCUUUGGAUCCUAUUGAUGUUAUGGAAGCCACGGCAGAUGAGGCACCAACAGGAGAAAAUAAUGCGGAUCCAACAGAGGAAAUUCGGCCAGCUGCAGAGGAAACGCCGGUCGAAAACGGAGCAGUUGGAGAUAACCAGACAGAUAUCCCGGACACAGCCGGAUGUGGAGGUUGUGGUGGUUGUGGAGGCUGUGGCGGAUCCUGCGGAAGUUGUGGGGCAUGUGGUGGAUGUGGCGGCUAAACUGACUUAAACAAUAACAGUCUUUGAAUAUCUCAAUGUGCAACUGAUAUAAAUUAGAAUGACUUUAAUAUAUCUACCUUUUUUACUUCAAUAUUUUACGUAUUUUUUGUUAAUACGAUGACAAACCAUCGUCUCAAGCCACGGUUCGGAGUCGGCAUAUAGCUCUCUCCUUCUAGAAUGAGAGAGGAUUGUACUUCAUUUUGGCCGUGGUUUGCGCCGAUGAUGACAAAACAUGCAUGAAUAUAUUCUAGUAUGAUUAACAGUAAAAGUUAAAAUUAAUUUUAUCUUUUCACUUAAAAACUAUUAAUAAUUUGUAAAGUACACUGUAUUUAUCCAUUACUCUAGCUAUAAUCGAUUACAAUGUUGUAGCCAUUUUGUUACUUAAUAUUUGAGAUACAUUGAUGAUUGAUAAUAACAAAACCUCUGAUAUUUCGGUGUAUUAUAUUUACCUGAUUAUUCCAUUCUAGUACAUAUUUCCAUUUCU